AUGUGCUGGUACGGUCAUCUACUGAUCGCAGCCAUUGAUCGGGAUGGAUCGUACGAGCUAUGCAUCUUCUCGCGCGAACUCCCGUUGAAUAACCAUUCCAUUCUCCACAUUGAAUAUCUUCCCUCGCCAGUUGUCUUUAUCGGGCCUUCGGGCGAGGACUCUCUCCUUGUCUACACCUACGAUAAUAUCCUUUACCACUAUAUAAUAAACUCUACGCAGCCGCGAACCACACUUGUCCCUGUCGGCCAAAUUGCCUUCAACGGAAUUGUACGAGCACCGACCCGUGUUCGAUCUAUCAGCUGGGUUCUACCCGAGGAUCAAUUACGCAACGGCGACCCAUCUCAUGAUGUCAAAGUAGCGUCUGUGCUUCUUCUGGUCGAUGGAAACCUCGUUCUCCUUCAGCCUUCCAUGUCGGAUACUGGUGAUCUGAAAUAUGAUAUGCGUGUGAUAUCCCACGAUGUCGAGUACUAUAUCUUGAUGCGGGAUCAGCUAUCUUUCAACUUUGCUCCCCCAGUCGAGGAGUCGCUUCCUCCCAGUCCGGCUGCAGAGUUGGUUCUCAACAAAUAUCACAGCAACCUCUCGCUACGGGACUCGCUAUGGACAUUCUGUGGAAACAAUCUUACGGCAUGGGGCGAUGUUCAGGACGUCUUACAGCGGGAAGUUAUGCCAAAAUCUAUCGCGGUCAAUCUAGACUUCUACCCUUUAUCAGUCCUCUUGAAUAAAGGGAUCGUACUAGGUGUGGAGCCAGAGGCGAUACAACGGCGCGAUAUCACAUUUGCGGUGCUAAAGUUCGCUAUCCGGACGCAUCUCUUCCUACCAUACUUUCUACAACACAGCCUUGUCCAAGGCGACAUUCCCGCAGCACACUCACUAUGCCAGCACUUUUCACACCUUUCGUACUUUCCGCAUGCGCUUGAAAUUCUGUUGCACCACGUCUUGGAUGAGGAGGUCGAUAAUGUGGACCGUGAAAGCAAACUAGAUGACCAAGCCCCGAAACACGACCCUCUUCUUCCCUCGGUCAUCUCCUUCCUCCAGGCAUCACUUCCUCCAAGCGUGUACCUGGACAUUGUUGUUCAAUGUACCCGCAAGACAGAGCUUCGAUCAUGGCGUACUCUUUUCGCUUACCUUCCUCCUCCCAAAGACCUGUUUGAGCAGGCUCUCAAAUUAAAUUCUCUCAAGACCGCCGUUGGCUACCUACUCGUGCUUCAAGCCUUUGAAGAUGAAGCCGAAGGCCACGAAGCCCCAGUUGAAGAUUAUGUUGUCCGAUUAAUGAUAUUGGCUUCGCAAAGGAGCGAUUGGGAGCUCUGUGCACAGCUGGCAAGGUUCCUCGUUGCCCUCGACGGUUCUGGCGAGAUGCUUCGCCGUGCUGUGUCGCGUGCGGGUCUGCGACACAAUGGUUACCCUGGAGUCAACGGGGCUGGAAGGAAUCUAAAGGGGCUAGGUCUGGACCUACGGUCUCCGUCCUGGUCUUCCCAGUCCGCUGCAGCCUCAAUCUCACCUCACGGCAGCCCUGGCCAAUCAAGCCUAUCCAUCAACAGCGGCGACGGAAGCACCGCGAACCAACCUACAUAG